ACAGGGAAGCCAAUUUUAUAGCCUUUCCCCAAGCAGUUAUGUUGCUACAAAAAACUGGGUGCGAGUGGGACUAUAUUGGGUCUAUGAUUUGUUCUGCUUGCAUCAUGCAGGCGUCUUGAGCUUGUAUUGAGCUAAGGGAAUGCAUCUGUGUACUGUAUAAUGUAACAGCGUGCUCUGUUUAGGGCCUGUUUUUUAUAUAUUUUUCAUAGGCUGAUAUUAAACUCUAUUGUAUGACAAAUUCAGCAGUCUUGAUAGAAGUGGGUAGGUUUGCCCUGGGAGCUAGAUAGUUCCCAGAUUAUAUAGAUCUCCUGAAUUCGAAAGGUUGCUGCUUUUCUGCUUCCCAUUGGGUCACAGAAGACCAGAAGUAUGUGAUUUCUGAUCUGAUAAGAGAGUGAAAUAAUUGCUGAUGUGCUGCUGACUUAUUCAUAAUAUUGUGGCAGAAUAUAUUUGGCUCAUGGGGCCAAGAUCCUUGGGAAAACCAGGUUCGGCUCUGUUUCAAGUAGGGAACCGGAAGAUUCUGCUUGGGAGGGAAAAUUCAUACCAAUUAAAUAAAGCUAUAAUCGAGUCUCAUUGUUAAUGUGGCUCUGUGUGUUUAUUCCAUGUUUGGACUAGUCUCCAUUAAUUUCCAGAGCUCAGAACUAUCAGAUUUUGUCAUCAAAUGAAUUGAUCAUCAAAUGAAACAAUGAGUUUCUCCAAUGUUCAAAAACACAAAACCCAAUGGACAGCGUAGCUAGUGUCCUGUCAAUGUUUCUAUGCAGUGCAGAUAUUUUUGAGAUGUUUUUGAGUGCCAUGGUAGAGAGACUGAGGUAUAGAAAAUAUCUAAAAAAUCAAAGAGACACUAGUUGUGUAGUCACAGCAUGUAAAUUUCAUCCAGAAUUUUGAGAUUGGGGUGGUGGAGGGAAGAGUAUGAACAAAUGAAGGGUAACACGGUGCUGAAACUCCCAUUACCCUAUGGCAGGGAUGUCCAACCGGUCGACCACGAUUGACAGGUCGAUCCCCAGAUGAUAGUGCAGGAGGCAGCUAUUUAAGAGUCCUUGCUUGGACUCCGUGAGCUCAAGGCCAGCACUAGUACAGCUGCUCCAGACUUAGCCACCUCACCCUUGGACUCUGAGCUCAUGCCCAGGGCUAUGACACAAUCUUGACCUAGUACAGUCCCCAUUCAUAAACUUUAGUAUUUCAGUUUGGGCAAGUACCAGAAAUGUGAAAGAAACAAGGCUCUCUUGGGUCCUUUAAGAUGUAGAGAGAUCCAUGAGGCAGGCAGGAAAGUUCUUAAAAAAAAGAGAAGCACACUGGCUUCUCCCCCCCCCCCCAAAAAAAUUGCACAUGGACAACAGAAAGCAGCACGCACUAGGAGUUAUGCUGCCGCGGGGGGCAAAGACCUUCGGGGGGGGGGGUGUCUUCAGGUGGGUGUGGUUUUCUCAGAGAUCCCUGACUCUCCCCCACCUCCAGAUCUUUUAUAUUGUGCAAGAGAAUUUCCCCAAAGAGUGGUUUCUGUAACUAAAAAGCAACAAAUUGAACAAAAGGUUGAGCAAAAGUAAUUAUCACAUGAGAGUAUGGCUCUCUGUGCUUGGGACAGCAUUACCACGGAACUUCAUGAAACAUUCCCUUGCUAUUUACAAUUAGAGUUGCUUGUCUCUAACACCAUUACAGAAUUAAGAUAAGAUAAUCUUUAUUGUCAUUGUCCCCCUGCGGGAACAGCGAAAUUACUCGGCAGCUCCAUCCACUCAGAUAAGGCACUCCACAAAAUAAAAUAAGUAAAAAUAAGAUGACUUCAAAGUCCAGACUUUCCAUUUAAGGCCAAAAUUGCUCUAGAGAAGAAACUGUUCUUGAGACAGCUCGUUCUCGCCUUCAUUGUUCUGUAUCUCCAUCCUGAUGGCAGGAGCUCAAAGAAACAGUGACCAGGAUGCGAUGGAUCUCUUGAUUUGUCUAGUGCUUUCCUGUGGCACCUGGUGAUACAGAUUUGGUCUAAGGUGGAGACUGAGCAGCCAAUAAUGCUCUCCGCUGUUUUAAUAAUUCUGCACAACCCUAUCCUAUCCUGGGUAGUACAUCUUCCAUACCACACACAUAAACCAUAAUUGAUAGUACCAGAGGUCUAACGCCUGGAAUGACCUCCUAAUGUACAUGUGGUGUAUAUACCAUAUGGAGAAGCAUUGUGGAGGUUUCAGGUUUCUUGAACAAAAUGAUUUUGAGUGGCUAUUUCGAAUACGUUAUGAAUAUAUGUCUGAGACCUUAUCAACCCAGAUUCCUCAAUCUAUUUCUCAAUGUUCCCUUGUGACCUUUGGGUGCUGCCUUUGCAAAUGCAGCCUCACAUUAUUCUGAGGGUAGCUUUGUGAGGUCUUUGCAUACAUAAUACUUAUGACUGAUACUGCCAGAAAGCUCCACUUGUCCAUGGAUGAUUUUUUUAUAUAUACAGUAUAUUAAAAAAUCUACAUAGGACAUCUAAACUUCCUGAUGUAGCAAUCUGGGGGCUGUGGCUAGUUGAACAGGAACAUCAGGGAACAAAGUGCUUCAUCAGGAUCUCUAAAUACUGUACACAGAAAUACGAGUCCCCGUGGAAAAUGUUCAUGAUUUGCGCUACUCACGUUACUUUCCAUGGGACUGAGGAAACUGCAGAGGAGUUUUCAGAACUAUAUCUCAUGGUAAGAAAACAACUUGAAAAUAGUUGGAUAAAAUGGUUAUUAUACCAUCAAGUAUUGCCCUGAAAGAGCAGAAAAUAGGUUUAUUCCACUGACCACUUGCUCCACUUUUCUUUCACCCUUUGUUUCUGUUUUCGUGAGGCGUUUGGUUGGUUGUGAGGUCUAUACUCGCCACCACCUGGAGAUGGUGGUGGUGAUAGGAGUUUAUUUUAGGCUGCGGCGAAAGAUACAAUCUCAUAAAUGGCAGGUAGGCAGGAACUUAAUAGUACUGAGGCCUCCUGUCACAUGAAAGUUUUUAUAAGCUAAUCGACCAACUGCCUUGCUUAAGGACCAAAGUAGGGCUAUUGUUGUCGUUAUUUACUGAAUUUAUAUCCAGUCCUCCCCUCCCCAAGGAGUCCAGGGAGGCAAACAGAUGUACCAUUAAAAAAAAAAAGCAUUUUAAAACAUAUUAAAGCAUUCUAAAAGCAAUUGAAAACAUUAAUUCAUCCAAUGAUUUUAAAGCAAUAUUCUUCAGCCACCACAUACCUGAGCAGGUUGAUGCUGGCAGAGCCAGGUAGCUAAACCUGGACCUGCUAUGCCGUUUUAGGAGUAAACGGGGCAUGUUGUGAGGAGUGCAAAGCCCUCGCAUUCCCUGCUGCUUUCUCCAUCGCAACUUCUCUCAGCAUCCCUUUCCCCUCAGCCAGGCUCUGAUACCUGGUGUGAGCCUGGCUGCAAAAUAGAUGCCCGGGAAGAGGGACUGCAGGGCAGGUAUGCCACCUUCUCCACAUCUGUGCCCUUUGGUUCUCUAAACUGAACCACCACCGCUACAUGAGACACUUUCUGGAUUUAAAACUUGCAAUCCCAUACAGUGUGUACCUGCCUGUCUAGAUUCUAGAAGAAUUAUGUCCCUUUGGGGGGACAAGAAAGGCCAUUCUGCAUAAUUGACCACCAGUCCACAGGUAGUAUCUAGCCUGCUACAAUUACCUGACUCUAAUUUGUGGUAAAAGAAAGUCAAACAGUGUUGUAGAAGCGUCUGUUUUCUGUGUGGUUUCCUCCCCCGCCCCUUUUUUUUCUGUCACACCAACCAUUUUUCCACUUGCGUCAAAAGGAAAUUGAGCAGCUUGUGGGUUCUCGAGAUUCAGCUCUUCUCAAGAACAUGCAGUCAAACAAGAAGAGCAGCACAAACUCGCCAGCUGUUGGCUUAAGCUGUGCUUCAGGGAAGAAGGGCCAAGAGGAUUCUGCUGCUUGGAUUUUAAUAGCUGUACUUGUGUACAGAACAAGAGGGCAGCCUGCUGCUUGGAAGACGUUGCAGCAAGGAACCGAAACUACUGAAGAGCACUGAAUGCAGAAGAUCUGUUCAGGUGUGUUUAUCUUUGGACACUGUUCAUGAAAGGAAUAGGUCUGGAUUUGUAUUGGUGCACCCCUGUGUAUUGAGAAAUGCGACCCAGUGUUCCGACUCCUAUCCAGAAACUAUUACAGCCAGGGGAACUGGGGUUGGGCUCCACCCUACCAACUGUCCUCAAGGGUCCUGUUUUACAAGAGAGAUUCUUACUUCUUGUCACAUCACCAUCUUGCUGUGAUUUCUGAAGAGCCUGUGGCCGUUUGGUGCUGGGAUAGACAGGUGAGUGGUGCUCACAGUCGCAUCACUGGGAGCAGGAGGAACUGUUCUGGAGCUAGAGACCAUUAGGCUUUGGGGAAAUGGAACCAAGGGUUUGGCAAAUUUUAUGGUGAUAGUAGAAGACUGGUGGGGCAAAGAGGCCACUGUAGGUGAAGAAAUGCUUUGCUGAAGUGCACUUCAUUGUAGGAUUCAGAUAAGUAGGAGAAUAGUGGUGAAAGAGGAGCCUUGAAUGUCCCUGGUACCAUGGUGGAAACCACAGAGGUAUGAUGAGGCUUAGUCUACUAACAAGAAACAGCAAUACAGGUUAACUUUAAGAAAGCUUUUUUAAAUUGUUGGGGCAGAUAGCUGUGUUACUGGCCACCAGGGCUGAGAUCCAGAACUGAUAUUUGUUGCCUGGUCAUACUGAGUAUGGACUUAAACUCUACUCAAAUACUCUUUCUUUUAUCAACAGGUAAUCUGUUUAGCUUCCAAGCUGUGGGUGAGACAUAAGUUUCAAAGAUAGUGGAGCCACCACUUCCAAACAUGAUUAGCCAGUAUAUAUUGUAACCAGGUUAGAAAUGGAUGGUAUCUUAACUCUGCCAUCCUAGCCAUGUGCUCUCAGCAGUACAGUCCAAACUGUUUGCAAAGUACUUACGGCUAAGGCAGCAAAUAAGUUCUGUCUUUUCAAAUGAGUGUGACAUGUCCUCACUUUUGUACUGUGUUUUGUACUGCAGAGAUUCCCCAUCUGUUCACCUCUACUGUAGGUAGUCUUCACUGAAGAGUGUUAAUCACCCGCCUUCUGGGCACCUCAAGGCUGGAUUAAAGUGGUUGGGGGUCCCUACAGCAGUUUCCCAAAUAGGGCCCCCCUUAUCCAAAAAAGGAAUGCACGAAGUAAGGAAAUACAUAGAAUUGUAGAACUGUAGAUUUGGAAGGGAUUCCAAGGGUCACCUAGUUGAGUCUCAUGCUCUACUGACUGAGCUUUCAGAUAAAAACCAACCAAUUUAUUGUUGCAUAAGCUUUCAUGGACUACAAAAACAACACCACAGCACUCUGAGCAAGUGUAGUUUCAUAUUUUAAACUUGCUUCUCAUGGUUUUUGCUCACUUUUGCCCACCAAGAUACAAAAGAAGGCAAGAGAGGGCUCAGUGCUAGCAUCCUAGACAGCCAGUUGUGUUUCCUUUAACCAGGAUGAUGUACCGUACCUUUGUACUAUAAAGAUCCAUUUUUUUUCUUGGUACUGCAGUCUUGCAGAAUAGUACAGCUCCAAGGUUUCAGUACUCCUUAAUCUAGCCUGACUAUAAUACUUUACAGAGGCAUAACUCCUACUUGUUUCCACAGGCCAGGCCAGCUUAUGUCCUCAUGACCCCUCUGGUUUUGAGUCUAUUUCCAAGGUUAACUACUUAUUGCUUGGGCUAUUAAUGUUAACUUUCCUUGCGGACUCAAACCAAUAACCAAACCAAUGAUGAAGCCAGUAAUGUCUUGCAGAGUCAGCAAGGGGCUUUGCGGCUUCUUGCCUAUUUCCCUAACACACUGCAAGGACACUGCAAGCACUUGGCAGAUAACUGAGUUCAGAGCAAAUGAUGGAUAAUGGCUGAUAGAAGAGGUGUCGAGCACAAGGUCCUUUGGAGCAUGUGACUGAGUGGAGCCAAGGACACAGGACUCCAAGCUGGGAACCUAGAUCAGCAUUUAGUUUUAGCAUGUAGAGAAAGCUCUUAUGUCAUCGGUGAGCAACUGAAUGGAAGCUCAACAGGAGGCUGGAUGCAACCUUGAAGUAGAUGCUGACGGCCCUCUUUGUUUUCUCUCUCGUUAAAAGCUCUCUCUCAAUACUGUGCUUUUAGACCACUAUUACUUAAAUCUACCAGCUGACGACAGACUGUGAUGGGAAGUUUGCCCAGCAGGAGGAAGCAGAUUGCUACUCAGCCAAGCCCACAGUCCAACGUGCAGAACAGCCAGGCCCUUGUCCUCAGCCGUGGUGUCAGGCCACAAGGUGAGAGUACCCCUAUAGCAGUUGCUGUGUGUAAUUUCCCUUCUGGUAAUGCAGAGCCAAUACUGUGGAUGGGAGAGCAGCUGAAUUUGCUAUCUGAAGAUGGUGAAUGGUGGAAAGUGGAGUCAGUAACCACGGGCAAAGGCUGCGAUGUUCCCAGCAACCAUGUUGCCAAAAUCUUUCAUGGGUGGCUCUAUGAAGGCAUCAGCCGAUCAAAGGCUGAGGAGCUGUUGCUGCUGCCUUCCAACACUGAAGGUUAUUUUCUGAUCAGAGAGAGCCAAAUGAAGAAAGGUUGCUACUCUUUGUCUAUCAGACACACAAAUCGUGCUUCCUGGGAUUGCGUGAAACACUAUCGCAUUAACUGCAUGGAAAACGGCUGGCUUUACAUCUCCCCUGGCCUCACCUUCUCGAGCUUGCAGGAGCUGGUGGAGUACUAUUCCGCUGCGGAUGGCUUAUGUUGCUGCUUGAAGGAGCCGUGUUUCAUCCAAGGCUCUACAGUGUGGCAGAAGUCUAAUCUUUCCCAACCAAUGGUAGUAAAGAAGCCAGCUCUCAACUGGGAGGAGAUCAGCAGCUCAGACUUGUUGGCAGAAAAUCCGCUAUCAGAAGACUCGCCAAUUAGCUUGGGCCUGAGGGAAGCUGUCACUUCCUACCUGUUAAUGACUGAAGAGCUGCCCUCAGAGGACACAAUCAGUGAAAAGUGAGAAAGAUGCAAAUACACUCAAGGUUACUGUUGGGAAGCAUUUCUGGAAUGUGGAACACAGGACUUCAGUACUGACCUCUCUAUAGUUUUUAUAGUUUAAUUUAGCUACUUAAUAAAUAUAUUCUGCUGGACUUCCAUCAUGUGGAUCCCAUGCAACUACUGACCAAACCCAGACCUGCUCAGCUUCAGCAAAAUGGCAGCCUCAUCUUGGGCUUGAUGGGCUUCAUUUAUGAGGACUACAGUUUAUAUAUAUGUAUUUAUAAUAAUAUUUUUUAAAUAAUAAAGCUUGGCUGUAUAUUUAUGACUACUAUAAGCUCUGCAUUUCAGCAAAGUUCACUUCGCUCAACAUCUGUAAAGGAUAUUUACAUGGCAAAAGAAGAAGAACCACAAGCCACUCAAACAUCAGCAGAUCACCACAACUUUUAAAUCACUCACCUUCAUUGUUCACAAUGGGAAAUAUAUAAAUUUGGUGUUGGCUAUGUAACUAAAUAUUGCUGUGAACACUCCCAUAACACAAGCACUAUGCUACUUUGAGACAGCCAGGUGUCAUUUAAUGGUCACAUAAGCUUUAUUCCAAAUUAUUACAGCAAAAUAAGUUUAUCUGCUGUACAGAUGUUACACUCAUAUCAAUAAGUGCCAAUAAAUUGGAGACAAAUUAUUCCCUGAAAUUAGUCUUGGCACAAAAGCCUUCGUUUCAACUCAGAAUAGUGUAAUAAUUCUUUCUGAAAAAAUUAGCUGGUCAAAAUGUUAACUGAAGUAAUUGUUACUCCUAUGACAAACAUUGGCUAACUGAAAUUUACAUAAUCAAUUCUGCAGCAUAUAAACAUUACAGAUUUAUAUCCAUAAUUAUCAAUUUGUCACUUAACAGGUCUUCAACUCACAAAUGUGCUUUAAUUUUAAAACUUUGGUGGUGUCAAAACAACUGAUAUCAAGGUAAUAAAAAAUCCAACAUUCAGAACACCAUCAAUGAAAAAUAGUCCAUUCUUGUCCAGCUUGAAGUAACUUUUGUCCCAGGUGUUGUCCAACACACAAAAAAAAUCAAUUAUGGAAAUAUGAUCUGCAGGCAAA